AUGUCUCAGACUGUUGUCUUGAAAGUUGGCAUGUCAUGCCAAGGCUGCGUGGGAGCUGUGAAAAGGGUUUUAGGCAAAAUGGAAGGUGUUGAAUCUUUUGACAUUGAUAUUGAGCAGCAAAAAGUGACCGUGAAAGGCAACGUCCAACCAGAAGUUGUUCUGCAGACCGUUUCAAAAACUGGGAAGGCAACUUCUUUCUGGGAAGCGGUGGAAGCACCAGCCGCACCAGAAUCAAUGUCUGCUGAAACACUAGUUGCACUAGAAUCAAAGCCUACUGAAACACCCACUGAACCAGAAUCAAAGCAUGCAGAAGCUCCGACUGAGCCAGAAUCAAAGCCUGCUGAAACACCAAUUGAACCAGAAUCAAAGCGUGCAGAAGCCCCUGCUGAGCCAGAAUCAAAGCCCGCUGAAACACCAAUUGAACCAGAAUCAAAGUGUGCAGAAGCCCCUGCUGAGCCAGAAUCAAAGCCUACUGAAGCACCAGAGCCAGAAUCGAAGCAUGCAGAAGCUGUUGGUGUUGCUUAA